AUGAGGACACUCAUUCCAGAACCAUCGACAACUGCAAAACGCGGACUGAAGAAAGCGAUGGGCUUAGAGCAUGAUGUUGAAAAAUUUAUGGAUAUGACGAAGUGCCUUCGUGAACUGAGCAGAGAGAUGCUCGACGAGUCGCGGUUGCUGAAGGACCAAGAUCGCAAGGCUUGGUAUGAGUUUAAGUUGCAGGCAAAGAAGACGUGCCCGCUGCUGAUGAAAUAUGAACACGCGUGGCCUUUGGGAGCAUACAUGCAUAGAUACCUCUAUGAUCUGAACAUGCGACGUAAUAACGAGCGAGUCUUCGGCACCAGUGUCGCAGUCAGAGGCGGAGCAUCGGAUGGCGAUGAAGAUGAACCCAGCGAUGAAGGAAUCCUAGAUGUCAGGACCGCCAUCAGGGCAUUUAACGGUGGUCAAUUGGCGUAUUGCGAAAGGAAUGCUGCUGCAUCACUAAGCAAGUAUCGCCAUCACCAAAGCUCGUAUCGGUACCCCCCCUUCCGCCAGCGGGGUUCAAGUUUUCGAACGCCCGAACUCCCCGUCCCAUCGAAUAAAGAUAAACCGUCGGCGGGCAAAAAACGCUGCAUGCCAAGAGCCACGCGUUUGAGUAACAACAUGGUUCGGUACAACCACAUGACAGUUUCGGAACAGGAUCCGGAGGCAUGGAAAGCAUUCAGGGAAACGGCCAUAGAGACAUACCCUUUAUUGUUGAGAUACGAAAAUGAAUGGCCGGUGCAUGCCUACAUGAAGAAUUACCUCUAUUUCAAGAACUACAACCGCAAGUACAGGGCACGGCAGAAGUCUGCUUCCAGCGGAGCAUAUACAACUAAACGAUCGAGCAGGGAGUCUAAGCGAUGUGUCGCAAAGAACACGCAGAAUCUGGUGGUUGAGCCUAAUGGUACAAUGUUAGCAUCAAACGAAGCCCGUGAGGACUCCGAAACCGGGUUCACCGCUUUUGGCUCGGACCAAGACGUGAUACCAUUGCCAUAUUUUACGUAUCCGGUUUCGUCGACUUCCGGGACAGUCUACGCCACUGCACAGAGUAACCCCGAACUCUUCACAGCGUACCUCCGCGGCUGCAAGCCCAACCUAGAGGAUUUAGCUCCCAAGCUUUUGGCUGCAGGAGUCUAUAAUGAGACUCGUUUCCGCUACAUCUCUACGUGGCCCGAAACAGAAAUAGUCGCUUUUCUCAAGGCCGAUUCUGGGUCGGGCCUAGGCUCCUUCCCGCCGCUGUGGGGGGCUCAAUCCGACGAACUUGAGGCAAGUCCAGUCAAUGCAAGGCCUCCCGCCACACUUGCGCCACAAUCCGGCUACAUCCGGGCUAAGAUCAAACUUUCGAUCUAUUCACUCACAUUUAUAUUGACCUCAUACCCCCAUAAUUGGGGACUAACAAGAUUCAAAGUUGAUGCCCAUCAGUGCAGAGCAGUUUCUAUCAAGGCGAUGCGCCCGCCAAUUCCAGAGCCAGGGUCCCGCGAAAAAGAGGCGUUGCAGAAAGCAAUGAAGCUGCGGAAAAACACGGCCCGUUUCCGCCAUUUUACGGCUCAGAUGCGAUGCAUCUCUCGAAAAAUAUUUGACGAGUCUGUCCCAUACCAAGGCCAGGACCCUCGGAAAACCCAACACUUUAUGGAAGUUGCACAAGCCCAGUAUCCGUUUUUACAAGCAUAUGAGGGCGCCUGGCCCGCGCGAUGCUACCUCAAAGCACGCUUGAAACAAAUAUCGCAUAUCAGUAGGACUUGGGUAUACGAAACACGGCGACUAAACUUGUCAACCCCUCAAGCGUUCGAGGUUCAUGAAGACCCAUUGGAUGAAGACAUCCCCGUAGACGCAGAAGGCACUCAGAUUCCCAGCACUUUUACGCCUCAAGUCACCCCGUGUCGCCUUUCAAGUCACACACAGACAGACGAAGAGUUUGGUGAUAAGAGCUCUCGCCCGUCUGUACUCCACUUUUCGUUCUCGCAAUUUCGUGAGAUCUAUUGUGAUUGCGAUGCCGAGGCAAGUUGGUCGGGGGCUACGAAACGCGAUGCGCCUCAACGACAAUUGGGCAUUAUUCCGAAGCUUUACCCUAUUGCCGCUCUCGUGGCCAAGAUCGCGGAGACAUUUCCAUUUCUGCAGAGCUAUCAAGACGCAUGGCCUGUGAAGGAGUAUCUCAAGGGUUAUCUGCGCAUGUCAAGGUUCAAGCUGUGGCAAACUAAGCAGGCCACGAGGAUGGGCGACAAAGCUAAAGAGAAUGUGGCGUCAGUCAUAUACGCCAAUAUAAGCCAUAGCCACAGCUUGACGGCGAUCACGGCAGCAUUCAAGGCCAAUGUAACAACUAUCAGACAUUCGGACCACUUCGAACAACCCAAAUGCCUGGAUACCAAUGAACGGGCAAGACUCAUUGAUGAAAUGCCAUUAUCACCAACGAAACACUAUAUCAAUGAAGAGAUAGUGUCAAUUGUGACAGCAUCUGGGGGCAUGGUGUCUUCGUUUACCACAUUCCUACGACAGACCACUCCAAACCUAGAGCACCUGCAGCCAAGAUUCGCCCAAGCAGGCGUUAACGAUGAGACAUCGUUCCGAGGUCUAUCGACUUGGCCUCUCCCGGAGAUGGAUGCAUUUCUGAAAGAUGACAUGGGCCUCAGCCUCUUCGAGUAUCAAGAGGUCAUAAAUGCAUUGUUGUUCGACUACAGAAAGGACGCCGUUGUCUAGCUUUGAGAUAGUCCAGAGCCUCAGUAGAUAAAUUUCCCACUUGCUGCGCUCUGUUGUGCAAUAUACGUCUCAAAUGGUGAUUUGGCUUAUCCCUCGGGAAGAGUUAUCGCAUUGCGGCUGUCUGCUAGGCUUCUAGCUCGAAGGCCACAACUUUGCUGAAGAAGCGCUGACAGGAGGAAUACCCACCUUGACAGCAGGGGCACAUGUGCAUUGACUUAACGGAGCCCACGAGCUGAAAGACCCGAUUAGAACCAGCACUGCCGCAGGAUCGUCUUUGCUAGCGAUACCAGGAUAACCCUCGAAGAUAUAUAGCAAAGUCCUCCACGAGAAGCGCUGUCGAGACGAGUAAAGAGGAGACUGGACCGAAUGCGAU